GGAAGUUCCAGCCAUGGCGCCACCUAUCGCGCCAUUUUGCCUUGUAGUUGUCUCAACGAUGGGCAGCGAGGAAGCAGACGCGCGCAAUGCACAUCCUACUAUCAUGGCUGAUUCAUGCGACCCCACAACAUGCAUAGAACAGCAACACAGAAGGACCAAGCGACAGACAUAUCUUUGAAACCCAAUGCACAUCCUUAACUUGCUCUCCUUUGCCUGUGCACUUGCGGCGCCUUGUAUUGCUGCGAUCCAGUCCCCGUUCACGACCAAGGAAAGAGGCGAAGAUGAGGGCUACAACUUCAAAUACCCCAUACGCAAGGUUGCCAUCGUCGGCGCGGGACCCAGCGGCCUCAUCGCAUACCGCGAGCUCACCGAAGUUAGUCUGCAAGUCCGCGUGUUUGAGCGGGACAACGUGCCCGGUGGGAACUGGCACUACACCGAGGACCCGCCACGCGACGCGCCCGUGCCUAAUGCGCCAGUGUCGCUCGCGGACUUUGUGCCGUCGCUACCGCCCCCGGGCGUCGUUCUGCCGUACUCUGAGAUAUAUGAGAACGGAGAAGGGGAGGAUGAAUGGAGGUAUUUUAGAGGGCCGAGUCCGGUGUGGGAGUCGCUGAAGUCGAAUGCGCCUGCACCUCUGCAACAGAUUCCCGAUUUCCCUUGGCCAGCUGGAACUCAGUGGGAGCUGACCCAACGGCAACUUCAAAGCUACAUGCGUGCUUUUGCCUCGCUCCAUGGCGCCAACAGCAACGACGAUAACCCCUCGUUCGCAUACAACACCCGCGUCGAGCUCAUCGAGAAGCGCCUCAAUGAUGCAGGCGAAGAGGAAGGCUGGCGUCUCUGGCUGAAAGAACUAGUACCUGACCUGGCAUCGGGCAAAACAAGAGCAACUUGGUGGACCGAGGAAUUUGAUGCAGUCAUCGUCGCGUCGGGGCGGUACAACGCGCCGUACAUGCCCGACAUCCCUGGCCUUGCCGAGUGGAAAGCGCGCUUCUCUCACCAGCUUGCGCACUCGCGUUCGUACAGGCGCCCCGAGUCGCUGGACAACAAGACAGUGCUCAUUGUCGGCGCGCAGACGAGCGGGGCAGAAAUAUCGCGUGACAUCAACAAGCACGCGAAGCAGGUGCUACAGUCGAUCAAGGCUCAUCCUGAUGAGCAUAAGGACAUCUCUGCAGUCGGUCUCCUCGCUCGCCUUCCCCGAAACACGACGAUCGUGCCCGAGAUCAAGCAGUUUCUCCCGCUAGAAGACGGUUCAACGCUCGAGAGCUCGAAGAUCGAGCUGGUCAAUGGCACGAUCUUGACAGGCAUCGACCACAUCAUCUUCGCCACAGGGUACCGCUACUCAUAUCCGUUCCUUCCGCAGUACUACAACGAGUCCGUCUAUGUGCCUCGCGAGGGCGCAAGCGACAAGGCUGUACCUUUUAUAGCGCUGAGUGGGGAAUACCUGCGCGACUUGCAUCUGGACUUGUUCUAUAUUCGAGACCCGACGUUGGCGUUUUUGAGCAUCACAUUCCGCAUGCAAACGUUCACGUACUGCGGCUACCAGAGUCUUGCGCUCGCCAAAGUGUGGACGGGCACGGCCAAGUUGCCGGAUACGGACACGAUGUGGGAGAUGUACGAUGAUCUUGUGAAGGAAAGGGGAGGAAUUGGGAAGACGCUUCCGUACCUCGGCCCUGGGCAACAUGAGGGGAUGCGACGUCGCUAUAUUGGCUGGCUGAACGAGGCUGCGAACAAGUAUGGAGGGAAACAGAUUGACGGUGUUCCGAAGUAUACCGAUGAAGUCGGGAGGUAUUGGUGGGCUGCGCAAUAUGGUGUUCCCUUGAAUGGUGAAGAGAGUGCUUUGUCCGCUUAUAUGGCUGGUUUCGGUGGGUUGGAUCUCUUCGCCGAGGGUGAGAGCCAGCAAAACAUUAUCGAUGCACUGUGGGAUGUCGACUGGUAAUUGGAAAUCGUAAUAUUCCUGACUCGGUUGGAAGGAAACACUAUAACAUGGCCUCGGUGUAUACAUUUUGAUCGUUGGGAGUCAUGAAAUCACGUUGC